UCUCUCUUGUGAGAAUCAUGCUUUUCUCUCUCUCUUCUCUUGCAGUCCUUCCUUUUUCUCAUUCUUCUUCUUCCCCAUUUACAGCCCAAUUCCACUAUCUUCCUCAUCAUCAUCAUAAUAAGCACUAAUCUCGAGAAGAUAAAGAGACAACAAUCACCUCUCUCUCUCUCUCUCUCUGUCACUUUUGUUUCUUCCGUUUCAAAGUUUCUUCCUUUUGGGCGGGUUUUAAGGAAAUUUUGGAACUUUUCUCUUUUUGGAGACGUUUCUUAGAUUUCUGGGCUUCUUCUAGUUGUUUUCUACUUCUAGCUACUGUGUCACGCUUUUCUCUAGCAAAAACUUUGAUGCUUCUUAAUAUAAGAAGAUUAUUCUGAGAUUUUUCUCUGGCCUUCUAAAUUAUUAAAGUCUUCUUUUUUAUAUCUAUUGUUAAGGUUUGGCUUCGUUGUCUCUUCCUCUUACCUCUGCUUUUUGGUGCAGAGUUUUUGAAUUUUGGGAAUAUUAAAGGUUGCCUGAGAACUGAAAUCAAUCUCUUGCUGUAUGUUUGUAUAGUGAUGGGUACUGAAGAGAAGCCUCUUAAUUCUCUUGAUUCAAGUCAUGGUGAUUCUUCCCCUGCUUCAAAUCAGGCUGAAGGAUCAUCUGCUAUAACAGAAGAGACUUCUGCAAAUGUUCAACAAUGGAGGCGAAAGAACCUCUCUUUACAGAUACCCUCUAGAGCAGCUGGUCUCUCUCCUGAAGAUUCGGUUGUUAUCAAAAUGCCUCCAACGCCUAGUCCAACUCCGAGAAGAGUCAACUUUUCUUUGACUUCUAGUUCUCCAGGUCCUACUCCUACUUCUUCUUCUGUUCUUCCGCGUGGCAAAUCGUCCUUGAAGAAUCUAUUGCCAAAAGCUGGGUGUAAACCAAAAAUCUCUAACACCGAUAUCGAGAAGGGACAAGGGAAUGCCUGUUCUCCUUCUGCAUCCCAGGAGAAGGCUUCGAUAUCGAGGUCAUUAUCACUUUCAAAGUUAUUUACACCUAGGAUCAAGAGAACAUCAUCUCUACCUGUGACUCCCAUUAUUCUUUCAAACUCAGAGUCAGCUCACGGAGGAACCAGUGUUGCUCCUCAAACUCCAAACAGAAAAGGGAGUGUGCACAUAGCUCGCUCUCGCUCUGUGCCUCUUAAUGACAAGGAAUUAAGCCUAAAGGGAAUGGAUUCAUUCUUCAGAGUAAUUCCUUCGACUCCUCGUGUAAAGGAAGGAGAUGUUUUCUCAAAUGCAUCAGAGGCUGGUACUACUGAAACAGGUGAUGCUGAUGGAGAAGACAUACCUGAGGAUGAAGCCGUUUGUAGGAUUUGUUUGGUAGAGCUCUGUGAGGGAGGAGAAACCUUAAAAAUGGAGUGUAGUUGCAAAGGAGAACUUGCUCUUGCCCACAAAGAUUGUGCUCUUAAAUGGUUCACCAUAAAGGGUAACAAGACUUGUGAGGUGUGUAAACAAGAAGUUAAGAACUUACCUGUAACACUCUUACGGAUCCAAAGCCUUCGAAAUUCUGGUGUUCCUCAGCUAGAUGUCUCUGGCUACAGGGUUUGGCAGGAGGUGCCAGUUCUAGUAAUCAUUAGCAUGCUCGCUUACUUCUGCUUCCUCGAGCAGCUCCUGGUUGAGAAAAUGGGUACAGGUGCAAUCGCGAUAUCGCUGCCGUUUUCUUGUAUUCUUGGUCUUCUUGCAUCCAUGACCGCAUCAACCAUGGUUCUGGAAUAUUCCUAUGCAGUAAUGAGAAGAUUUGUCUGGAUUUACGCAUCUGUCCAGUUUGCGUUGGUUGUUCUCUUCGCCCAUAUAUUUUACUCUGUGGUGAAGUUGCAACCAGUACUGUCAGUUCUUCUGUCAACAUUUGCUGGAUUUGGUGUAUGCAUAUGCGGAAGUUCAGUGAUGGUUGAGUUUGUGAGAUGGAGACGAAGAUGGCGAGCCAGAAGGCUAGAGCAACAGCUGAACCAGGCUCAGACACCGCCCCAACCGCUGGAUCCAACCUCCUCUCUGCAUCAUUCAAAUGCCUCAUAGAGCCCAGAAGUGGAAAGAAGAUUUUACAUUUAUACAGUAGUUUGGUUAAUGUUAUGCAAUGAUUUGUAUAAAAGAAAAGAGAAAGUGAUCAAGGAAUGCUUAAAGAUUGUUUCCUUUGCUUGUUUCGCUUCUUUACAUAUUUGUAUCUUUGAUUUGCUCAAUCUCUGCAAAUGAAAUGUUUGUAGUAGUAUUGUAUUUUAAACUCUCUUCUUUGUAUAAUAAAAA